CCCGCGUUCGUGCCCGGCUGGCCUGGCAUCGCGUACAAUACUGCGUACUUGCGCGCGCGCUUACUUCCCUCUGUCACUCCAGACGCGUCACGGUAGAAGCGAUUCUCCAGGUAAAUUAACCCGCUUAUUCGGAUAGAGAGACGGCGCGCAAGAAAGGAUAGGACAGUCGAUAUCACGCACGCGGCCGACUGCUGCGAGCUUGUAUCAGCUUGUAUCGCCGAAAGGGGCGUGUAACUUCGUAAAGCGCUCGUUUACUCCGAGCUUCGAUCCUCUUCGCUUGUCGAUUGUCUUAGCCGACUAUUACAGAUGCCAUACAUUCUAGUACGUGGUAACCUAGCGUCGUACAGUCAUAAGUAUCCCUGGAGGGUUUUAGUGUCAGGUCUUAAAGCGGCCGACAUAGAGCAGUUGGGUCGCUUCUCCUCUAUAGGAUAUUGCGAUGACUCGACGAUAGUGUAUUUGCAGCACCCCUGCAUAAUAUUGACCGCUUUAGAAGUGCUCGGUUACAAAGUCAUCGCAUCCUCCAGUACUAGCAUUAAGCAGGAUUAUAACGAGUACAUGUGGACUAUGAGAAAAGAAUUCUCAGAACCCGAGCCUGAUACCGUUGCAAAAGCUGUCUAUGCACAUGGGCGGUACGUAAGAAGACUGAAUAUGUAGGUAGAAUAUGAAAAAGAAGGGGCCAAUCUGCUCGGUUCCGAUGAAAGAAUACGGUAUUUUGUAUGACUCUUGUUAGAAGAAAGUCUGACGAGGAAUACAUUAGGAUUAUUGACAAGGAAUGAAAUACUUUGCUACAUAAAGUGACUUUGUACCUUUGACAUUAUAUUUGUCAGAUAUGCAUAUGCAUCUGCAACGAUAGAAAAUUGUAUCGUUUUUUUUUCCUAAAAGUUUCCAUUGCAUUUUAUACACAAGUAUGUAACAACUUGUUUUCUGCACUUCUAUAGCCGUAAGAUGUAAAUUUAAGUAAUUUAUGUUCCAAUUCGCAUAAAAUUCCGAGUUCAUUUUACAAAGGCGCACCUCGCAACAUGUGAUAGAAAAAUAAACGUUUACGCUUUAUGUUAAAGAGAAUUGUACGAGUUGUUGUACAGAACAAAAAUAAAUAGUUUUAAUAUUUGUGAUAUGAUUCAAAAUAAUAUUUGAAGUAUACUUGAAGAUAGCAUCUUACGUUUAAAGCAAUACAUUUACUAUAAUAUAUUUAUGUUUAGAAGUUUGUACAGAUAUACAGAAAAAAUGCUAAUAAUGUAUUUGGAAUCACUUAAUAUUUGCGGAACUUGCAGCAUGUUCUUCUUUUCACGCAGAAUUUUAUGCGUUGUCGGAAAGCACGCGAGCUUUCAUCGAAAGCUCAUAAUUUUAGCUUUAUCAUUUGCAUAUGCGUUACAUACAGGGUUGGAUAAGUUAUCUUUUUUUUUUAACUAAGUUAAGUUAAAGUUAACAGCUUCGAAAAUUUAACUCGGAUAAUAACGUAGAAAAAGAUGCAGAGUCGGCUAACUUCUGGUUAACUGUUAACCACAAGUUAGUCGACUCUCUAUCUUUCUUUAUAUUAUUAUCUAAACAGAGACAGAGUCGACUAGUCUCUGGUUAACAAUUACCCAGAAAAUGAAAAACCGGGCCUAAGAGAGAGGUGAAUUAAAAGUGAAAAGUUACCGAUAAAAUGUAACGAAAUUCAAUCAAAAGUUAACAGUCUAUAAUGGAACUAAAUUAAGUUAAAAUUAUUUAACUUUUUAACUUAACUUUCAUCUUUUCAACUAGACACUACCCAACCCUGGUUACAUGUGUAUUUAUACAUAUAUGUGCUAAUAAUAUUCUCC